CCCAACCCUAACACUAUUAGACGGACGGAGGAGCGAUAAGAGAGAGAGGACAACUUAGACUCAACAUAGCACCUCUCACUGUCUUACUUUGUCUAAUGUGUCUUUCAAUAGAGCUGCAGUGAUCAAUAUACACUCCACUUUACUGUACCUGAGGACCCUGAUUCAUCUGUUGCUGAAAGACUUUCAGGAAUCAUGGUCCACCUCGGAGCCCUGAUCACUUUUCUGUCUUGUAUGGUUCUGUCCAAGGCCCAACAUGAACCUGGCUUCUGUGCUUUCUAUGAGGAAUGUGGUCGAAACCCAUCGGUGGGAGUUGCCCUCAUUCCUCCUAUCGUCCCCUGUCUCAAUUACAGCCCUGCCCGAUCAAUCAAAGGAGAACACUACAAGAAACUCAAAAAGGUGUGUCCGAUCCUGGAUCGUGGACUGAACAACACAUACGCCUGCUGCUCCAUUAAACAGCUGUCAUCCCUGGAAAAGAGUUUGUCCCUGUCCAAGGCUGUGCUUGUCCGCUGCCCUUCCUGCGCUGAAAACUUUGCACACCUGCACUGCAUGAGCACAUGCAGCCCUAACCAGAGCCAGAUGCUAAAAGUCACAAAGGUCAUGAACAUCACCAACAAACUAACAAACAAGACGAAAGAGGCCGUGGUGGGCUACCAGGCAUUCUUAACCACCAAAUUUGCAGAUGCUUCCUUUGAGUCUUGUAAAAAUGUCAAGAUCCCUGCAACAGGAGGCUUUGCCAUUGCCACCAUGUGUGGUCAGUAUGGUGCCAAGCUGUGCACCCCCCAACGCUGGUAUGACUUCCAGGGGGACUCCAGUAACGGCCUGGCUCCACUGGACAUUGACUUCACGCUGCUGAAAGUUGGAGACACGGAGGGACUACCAGAGGGUGUGAUUCCCUACAAUGGACGAGCUUUAAGAUGUAACGAGACCACACCAUCUGGAGGUCAGGUCUGCUCCUGCAAGGACUGCCAAGAGUCGUGCCCAAAUGUGUCUAUUCCACAGCCACCCGGACCCUUCAGGCUGCUGGGCUCAGAUGGCUUCCUUGUGAUUUCUAUCAUCUUGUUCUGUCUCCUGAUAUUUGCCUUCCUGUUCUUCCUCUUUGUCUCUUGCUUUGUGAGGUAUCAGAAAAGAAAGGAUGAAGAGACAGGAAAGAGAAAGGGGAAAGGCAAAGACCAGAACAGUAAUAAUGUGACUCAGCAGGUCAUUGAUCCAUCAGAAGUGACGUGCGCCGAAAGGAAUAGCCUGGCUGCUCAAACGUUCCUAAGCAAUUUGUUUCAGAGAUGGGGAACUCUCAUGGCCACAUAUCCCAUCACGGUGCUCCUGGUGUCAGCUGUAGUCGUGGCUGCUUUCGCUGCUGGCCUCAUGUCCAUUACACUCACCACUGACCCAGUCGAGCUGUGGUCUGCUCCCAACAGCCGAGCCCGCCAGGAGAAGGACUUCCACGACACGCACUUUGACCCCUUCUUCAGGACGAACCAGCUAAUCUUGACAGCGCCAGGAAGAAAAGGCCACAUUUACAACUCUUUGCUGUUUGGACAACAAAACUUUAGUGGCCUUGUAUCCCAAGAUCUCAUUAUUGAGCUGCUGGAGCUCCAGACACGAAUACAGAACAUCGAGUUCUGGUCAGAGGAUCUGAAUCGCACAGCAAGUCUGAAGGAUGUGUGUUUUGCACCACUGAACCCAUCCGAUCCCUCUCUGACCGACUGUGCAGUCAACAGCUUGCCACAGUACUUCCAGAACAACGUGACGAACAUUACCAGUAAGGUUAACAUGACAGAGAUGGGAGUCACCAAAGAGGUGGACUGGAGAGACCAUCUAAUCUACUGCCUCAACUCUCCCUUGUCCUUCAAAGACAUCACUGAUUUAGGUAUGAGCUGCAUGGCCGACUACGGAGCUCCAGUCUUUCCCUUUCUGGCUGUCGGAGGCUAUGAGAAUGAUGACUACACUAAUGCUGAGGCUUUCAUCCUGACAUUCUCCCUCAACAACUAUGCCCGUACCAACGUCAAGUUCAAAGUGGCUAUGCAGUGGGAGACAGAGUUUCUCAAAAUUGUCCAAGACUACCAGAGAAACCCUGCCACCAACUUCACUUUUGCAUACAUGGCAGAGAGGUCUCUUGAGGAUGAGAUUAAUCGGACAACAGCAGAGGAUAUCCCCAUCUUCAUGAUCAGCUAUGCUGUAAUCUUUGUUUACAUUGCUGUGGCACUGGGGGAGUACUCUUCAUGGAAACGCAUACUGGUGGACUCUAAGUUUCUGGUGGGUCUGGGUGGGAUCCUUGUGGUUGGCUGUUCUGUCCUGGCCUCCAUGGGCUUCUACUCCUGGAUCGGCAUCCCCUCCUCGCUUGUCAUUCUGCAGGUCGUGCCCUUCCUGGUGCUCGCUGUCGGAGCUGACAACAUCUUCAUCUUUGUUCUGGAGUACCAGAGAGAUGUACGGAGGCCCGGAGAGAAGAGAGAGGAGCAGAUUGGUCGCGUCCUUGGAAACGUAGCUCCCAGCAUGCUCCUGUGCAGUCUCUCAGAGUCUGUCUGCUUCUUUCUAGGGGCCCUGUCCACCAUGCCAGCGGUGAAGUCCUUUGCUCUCUACGCUGCUCUGGCUGUGCUCAUGGACUUCGUCCUCCAGAUGACAGCCUUUGUGGCGCUGCUGUCCCUGGACGCCAGGCGGCAAGACAAGAACCGCUGUGAACUGCUCUGCUGUAUUACAGUGUCAACACAGCGUCCCAACAAGCCCAACGAGGGCUUCCUGCUACCCCUCAUGAGGAAAUACUACGCCCCUGUCCUGCUGAACUGUUACACCAGGAUCAUAGUGAUGCUGGUUUUCCUCUUCAUGUUCUGUGGUUCCAUAUUCCUCAUGUUCAAUGUGACUGUGGGUCUGGAUCAGGAGCUGGCUAUGCCUCAGGGCUCUUACAUGCUAGACUAUUUCCACUACUUGUAUAAAUACUUUGAGGUUGGAGUGCCUGUGUAUUUUGUAACAACCAAGGGCUUCAACUUCACCACUGUGGCAGGCAUGAAUGCAACCUGCUCCAGCGUGGGCUGUGAUGAGUUCUCUCUGACCCAGAAGAUCCAGUAUGCCGUUAACUACCCUGAUCGAUCCUACUUGGCUAUUCCUGCUAACUCCUGGGUAGAUGAUUUCAUCGACUGGCUGAACCCUGCAUCCAGUUGUUGUCGUGUGUAUUCCUUUGGUCCAGACAAGGACAAUUUCUGUCCUGCAGAAGAAGACGGUUUUUUAAAGUGCCGGAAGUGUAUGGGUAUUCCUCUAGAUGGUGUCCUCAGACCUAGUGCGGAAAAAUUCAACAAUUUACUCCCUGCCUUCCUGGGUCACAGGCCUGACCUGAAGUGUCCCAAAGGUGGUCUAGGAGCCUAUGACAAGGCUGUGGUGAUUGAUGACAAUGGAGAAAUUAUAGCGUCACGGUUCAUGGCUUACCACACACCUCUGACCAACUCUCAGGAGUUCACUGCUGCACUGCUGAAGGCCAGAGAGCUAGCGCACAACAUCACCAUGGGCAUGAGGAAAAUAGAUGGCACCUCACCUGACUUUGAAGUCUUUCCUUAUACGGUGACUAAUGUAUUUUACGAGCAGUACCUGACUAUUGUGCCAGAGGGACUCUUCAACAUCUCCCUGUGUCUGCUGCCGACCUUCGUGGUGUGCUGUCUGCUGCUGGGUUUGGACCUGCGCUCCGGUCUGCUCAACCUUAUUACCAUAAUCAUGAUCGUCGUGGAUACUGUUGGUGUCAUGACACUCUGGAGCAUAGACUACAACGCAGUGGCCCUUAUCAACCUGGUCACGGCGGUGGGCAUCUCUGUGGAGUUUGUGUCCCACAUGACGAGAUCCUUUGCAGUCAGCACUAAAGCCACACGUGUGGAAAGAGCUAUGGAGGCUACAGCAAACAUGGGCAGCGCUGUGUUUGCUGGUGUUGCUAUGACCAACCUGCCUGGCAUCCUUGUGCUGGCGUUUGCCAAAGCACAACUCAUCCAGAUCUUCUUCUUCCGGUUAAACCUGGUCAUUACACUUUUGGGGAUGGCUCACGGACUCAUAUUCCUCCCUGUGCUGCUCAGCUACUUUGGCCCUGGUGUGAAUAAAGCAGUGCUGCUGCAGCUCCAGCAGGCCAAAGCAAAGGCCGCUCAGGAGCUGGAGAUGAGAAACAACAUGAGACAUGUUUAUGAUAACAUAAGCUACGAAGACAAUGAGACAAGACAUGAUCCAGAUUCAUACUCCACAAAGGCUCCCAGAGACCCCAGCAGUCCUUCACAAACUUUUGGAGACAAAGAGGAGAAGGAGGUGAAAAUUGACCGUUUCUGAGCACCACCAACUAUACAAACGGAGCUGUUUUCAAGUUCUGAUGAGUAAAUACCUCUGUAACAAACUGAACAAGGAUGGACAAUGAAAAGGACAAAGAUAGCGAGGGGUCUUAUAUUUGGCUCCAUAUGGAAAUCAUUAACCUAACUAUGUACCUCAAUCAGAAAUGGAGCAGUGGGACUGAAGACAACAACACAUAAGUUGUGCACAAUUUCUGAGCAUUGCAAGAGUGGACUAUUGCAACAAGAGUCAACUUUCCUGUCUCAACAUACAGUUAUGGAACACUACAUGUGUCUUUUCAUAAGCACUGCAGCCAGGAAUGAUUGUUUUUUUCAAUUGUGGAAUUAUUUAACAGGACAGGAAGUAGACAAAUGCUCUUGAAUUAGUCAUUUUGUUUUUUUUAUUGAAUGUAAUAAUUUUGUAUGUAUGAAUACUUCACAUUAGCACUGUUUCAAAUAGUAUAUAUAAGAGAAUACACACUCCAGCAUUUCAUAUUAUAGUUUCUUCAACUGCAGUAUGAUGGCCAUUAUUGUAAAAUGUGCA